AUGUUCUCCAAGACCGCCGUCGCUAUCACCUCAUUCUUGGCCAUUGCCGAGGCCGUCAAGGUCACCAAGCCCGCCAAGGGCGACGACUGGGAUCUGUCCAAGACCAACGAGAUCACCUGGGAGACCGUCUCCAGCGACCCCAAGAGCUUCGAGAUCGUCAUCGUCAACCAGUCCGGCUACCCCGAGGUCUCUGAGACCAUCGCCACCGUCCAGGCCGCCGAUGGCAAGUACGAGCUGAAGGGCGCCAAGGUCGCCGCCGGCGAUGCCUACCGCAUCAACCUCGUCUCCGUCGACCCCCAGAACUCUGGUAUCCUGGCUCAGUCCAACGAGUUCAGCUUCACUGGCUCUGACGUGACCACCGGCUCUGCCACUGCCUCGGCCUCCGGAACUGCUGCCUCUAACGCCUCCGGCUCAGGUACCGCUUCCGGCACUGCCACUGGCUCCGCUGCCUCCGGUACUUCCACUUCUGCUCCCAGCAGCGCCUCUGCCAUCAAGUCCACAUUUGCCAUCUUCGGCUCCGUCGCCGUCGCCGCCUACAUGCUCUUCUAA